AUUGAGCGUCUCCGCUUCGAGGCAAGCGAUUCUACAGCCAAUUCCCGAGGCCUCGACUUGGUAGGUGCGGCCGACCAUUGGAAACGUGAGAACUGUGAAGACACAUGGACAAAGAAGUGCAGAAGAGGAAAGAACAGGAGUCAGGCAUGGCUCUUUCUCAGGCACAAUUGACCUUCAAGGAUGUGUUCAUAGAUUUCACUCCCGAGGAAUGGGAAUGCCUGGACCCUGCCCAGAGGACCUUGUACAAGGAUGUGAUGGUGGAGACUCUAAGGAACCUGCUGUUUGUAGGAAGAAAACCAUAUAAAUGCAACGUAUGUGGCAAGGCUUUUAAUGAAACUACAAAACUUGCAAUUCACUGGAGAUAUCAUAUGAGAAAGAAACCAUAUAAAUGUGAUUUAUGUGGCAAGGCCUUUAGUCAAACUUCAAACCUUGCAGUUCAUCAGAGAAUUCAUACUGGAGAGAAGCCAUACAAAUGCAAUGUAUGUGACAAGGCAUUUAGUCAUACUACAAAUCUUACUGUUCAUCAGAGACUUCAUACUGGAGAGAAACCAUAUAAAUGUGAUGUAUGUGGCAAGGCCUUUAGUCAAACUUCAAACCUUGCAGUUCAUCAGAGAAUUCAUACUGGAGAGAAGCCAUACAAAUGCAAUGUAUGUGACAAGGCAUUUAGGCAUACUGCAAAUCUUACUGUUCAUCAGAGACUUCAUACUGGAGUGAAACCAUAUAAAUGUGAUGUAUGUGGCAAGGCCUUUAAUGAAGCUGCAAAGCUUGCAGUUCAUCAAAGAUUCCAUACGGGAGAGAAACCAUAUAAAUGUGAUAUAUGUGGCAGAGGCUUUAGUCAAACUGCAAACCUUGCAGUUCAUCGGAGAAUUCAUACUGGAGAGAAACCAUAUACAUGUGAUGUAUGUGGCCUAUGCUUUAUUCAAAACUCACAACUUGAAAUUCAUCAGAGAACUCAUACAGGAGAGAAACCAUAUAAGUGUGAUGUAUGUGGCAAAGGCUUUGGUGAAACUUCAAGCCUUGCAGUUCAUCGGAGAAUUCAUACUGGAGAGAAACCAUAUAAAUGCCAUGUGUGUGGCAAGGCCUUUGCUGCAAAUUCAGGCCUUGCAGUUCAUCGGAGAAUUCACACUGGAGAGAAACCAUACAAAUGUGAUGUCUGUGGCAAGGCGUUUAGUCGUAGUGGACACCUUGCUGUUCAUCAGAGAGUUCAUACUGGAGAGAAACCAUAUAAUUGUGGUAUAUGUGGCAAGGCGUUCAGUGGAACUUCAAGCCUUACUGUUCAUCAGAGAGUUCAUACAGGAGAGAAACCAUAUAAAUGUGAUGUAUGUGGCAAGGCCUUUAGUCAAUCUACAGGCCUUUCAGUUCAUCAGAGAAUUCAUACUGGAGAGAAACCAUAUAAAUGUGAUGUAUGUGGCAAGGCCUUUAAUCAUACUACAAGACUUACACUUCAUCAGAGAAUUCAUACUGGAGAGAAGCCAUACAAAUGCAAUAUAUGUAACAAGGCAUUUAAUAAUACUGCAAACCUGACUGUUCAUCGGAGAAUUCAUACUGGAGAGAAACCAAAUAAGUGUGAUGUAUGUGGGAAGACCUUUAGUCAACCUGCAAACCUUGCAGUUCAUCAGAGAAUUCAUACUGGAGAGAAGCCAUAUAAAUGUGAUAUAUGUGGCAAGGCUUUCAGCGUAAUUUCAAACGUUGCUGUUCAUCGAAGAGUUCAUACUGGAGAGAAACCAUAUAAAUGUGAUGUGUGUGGCAAGGCGUUUAGCCGUACUGGAAACCUUGCUGUUCAUCGGAGAGUUCAUACUGGUGAGAAACCAUAUAAAUGUGAUGUGUGUGGCGAGGCGUUUAGUCGUACUGGAAACCUUGCUGUUCAUCGGAGAGUUCAUACUGAAGAGACCAUGUAUUGUGGUAUAUGUGCCAAGGCCUUCAGUGUAAGUUCAAGCCUUGGUGUUCACCAGAGAGUUCAUACUGGAGAGAAACCAUAUAAAUGUGUUGUAUGUGGGAAGGCAUUUGUUUGUACUGGAAACCUUGGUAUUCAUCAGAGAGUUCAUACUGGAGAGUAACCAUAUAAAUGAGGUGUAUGUGGCAGGGCUUUCAAUGUGAAUGCACACCUUGCAGUUCAUCAGAGAAUUCAUACUUAAUUUUAGAAGUAUAAAAAUUGUGACAAACCAUUUAGGAUCAGUCAUCCAUAACUCAUCACCAGGCAGUUCAAAUAGGAGAGAAACCAUAUAAAUAUGAUGUAUAUGGCCGGUGCUUUACUUGAAAUGACGAACUUAGAAACCAUCAGAGAACUCACACUAGAGAGAAACAUUAGAAAUGUGACAGUUGUGAGAAACAUUUUAGUGCAAAUGUGAGUGACAAAGCAUUUAGUCAGUGUUCAGGGCUUAUAAUUCAGAGAAUUCAUGCUGUAUAGAAAACAUACAAGUGAAAUGAAUGUGGCAGAGUUUCUAGUGCAUGUUUAGCGUGAACUCCCCAUUAGGCAGUUCAUACAGGAGAGAAACCACAUAAAUGUUAUUUAUGUGGCAAACCCUUCAGUCACAAGAAAUGAUGUUGCAGAUCAUCUGAGAAUUCAUACUGCAGUGAAAACUUAAACAUGUAGAGAAUGCAGUAAAAUAUAUCAAGUUCUUGACCCUCAGAAUAUUCAACCUGGAGGAAAACUACACAAAUGUGUUAGGUGUGGGAAAGCUUUGAUUGUGUGUUCAGGCCUAAGUCACCAUCAGUUAAUUUUUUUUUUUUUUAACAAUAUUGUGAUGGUUUUUGCUGUACAUCAACACUAAUAGGCCAUAUGUGUACAAAUGUCCCCUCCCUCCUGAACCCACCUCUCUCACCACUGUAUCCCUCCAGAUUGUCCCAGAGCACAAGCUCAUACAUCAGACUCCCUCUGCCUCUUUUACAUAAGGUAAUAUAUGUUUCAGUGCUAAUCUGUUAAAUCCUGCCAUCCUGUUUCUUUUGUUUUUUUCAGUAGGUUUUCCUUAGCGUUGCUUUUUCUAUCCACUUGUUAUGACCGAGAUUUAAUGUUUAAUUUACAUUUCUUUCCUGCCUUACACUAACAAAUACAUAAGUCAGUUGGUUAUUUUGAGACUUUUGUAACGUUAAAAUGCACAUAGACAAUGACAGGGAACAUAGUAGGUGCCCUGUAAAUAUAAAGAAAGACAAUUUCUUUACGACUUGAGUUCUGUCAGGUAAUACACAAAGAAAUAUUUAUAAAUAGUGCCACGUUGAUAAUUUUGAUGAAAAUAAAUUCUAGUGUCUUCUUAAAGACUUUAUAUUUUACAAUGUGCUUUGUUGUCCACAACUGACAAAUCUUUCCAAAGCAGAUAACAGAAAAAUGAGAGAAAAUAUAUUACAAUUUUUCAACAAGAAGUAAGUUGCCUAAUUACCACCUAGUGAUCAUAUAGUAAUGUUAUUCCAUUACAUUGAAGUGUUGACUUAAGUAGUAGUUAUUAUGAUGUAAACAAGUUCUGUUUAUAUAAGUAUUUGAAGUUUUGUCGUCAUAAGCAUGGAACAGAAACUUUUAUAAAGAAGAAUGCAUUUCUCAUUAAA